CACUUCCCACCGUUCUCUGCUCCUUGAGUUCUUUCGGGCGGUGUAAAGCCUUUCUGACCCUUGGAAAGCUCACCGGUGGCCUCUCCUUUCUUCCCUUCUUCCCUUCUUCCCUUCUUCCUUCAAGUAGCUGUCGCUAGCUAGAGAGAGAGAGAGAGAGAGAUGAAGACUUGUGGUGGGGCAACCAAACUGGAGAGGAAGACAGUGGAGAAGAACAGGAGACUGUACAUGAAGAGCCUAUGCUUCAAGCUCUCUUCUCUCGUACCAAAAGACCAGUACACCAUCUCAAAGGAUACAUUGACACAAGAAGAUCAGUUGGACCAAGCAACAUCUUACAUAAAGAAGCUGAGGGAAAGGAUUGAAAGAUUGAAGAAGGAGAAGGAAAUGGCACUGAGCUCUCAAAGACUUGAUACUACCACUGGCAGGGUCUUGAGUAGCUUUAGAUUGCCGGUGAUUGAAGUAAGACACUCGGAUUCCAGCUUAGAGGUGUUUAUAGUCAGUGGGCUGAGCAAGGGAUUCAUUUUCCAUGACGUUCUUAGUGUCCUUGAGGAAGAAGGAGCCGAAGCCAUUAACGCCAGCUUCUCCAUUGUGGGCGACAAGAUCUUCUGCUCCAUCCAUUCUCAAGCCAUUUCCUCUAGAAUUGGUUUUGAAGCCCCAAGGGUACGCGAGAGAUUGAAGCAAUUAGUUUUGUAAGCAUCUUCUGAUUAAGAACUAACACAUAAGGUACUGUCACCAUACUUGUUCGUUCGUUGGGGAACUACUGAAAAUAAAAGGGAGAAAAUAUGUGGAGCCUUACACGGUAUGAGUCAAUGUACGUCCUCUUUGUUGUUUGUGCCUCUUUUUUUUUUGCUAAUGUACGUCCUCCAUGUUGUUUGUGCCUUUUGAGCGUUGUAACCUUAAAAAGAAAUUGUUGUAUGGAAGUUUUAUAUAAUAUCAGAUUAAUCUUGGUAGA